AACAAACAGUGAAGUUCAAUGCAUGCUGUUCAACGGUCAGACAUGUUUGUUCAUUCUUGGGGUAGUAGGUGGAAUUCGUGUACAAGGCCAUACACUUAUUACAAUGUAUGGCGUUGUCGUGUCGUAAAAGAGCAGAUCCUAGACUCGGAAAGUAUAGGGUUGUGUACAAUAUCAACAUGGCAUCGGAACCAGUCUGUGUGGAGGACUUUGAGCCGUACCUCAAGGCGAGCGUUCCGGACACAGUUUGGCAAUACUUUAGAAGCGGGGCAGACGGUGAGCAGACGCUGAGAGACAAUCCACUGGCCUUUCAGAGGUAUCGUCUUCGACCGCGAUGUUUGAGGGACGUGUCUCAACGAGACACCAGCACCUCUAUACUCGGUCAUCGCUUGUCAUUUCCCGUUGGUGUGUCUCCCACAGCCUGUCAUGCCUCCGUGCAUCGUGAUGGAGAAGUUGCAACUGCAAAAGGAGUGUCCAAUGCUGGUUCUGCCAUGAUUCUGAGCAUGUGGUCCAACAGGAGUCUGGAGGACGUGGCUGCAUCAGUGCACCCUGACACGCCACUGUUGCUUCAGAUUAACCUCAUACGCAACGAAGGCAGACUAAAGGCGGUGAUCAGACGGGCCGAGGCAGCAGGCUUCAAAGCUUUGGUGGUAACGGUAGACCAACCAGUGGUAGGAAACAAACUUCACCUUAAAGGAGGGAAAAGAGAUUUGGACCCGACCUAUCCGCAACUUCUAUUGCCUGGAGAGGGUACUUUUACACUAGAGAAAGCUCUUGCAUUAGUUAAAGAGACAGAGUCACUGACCUGGAAAGACAUCUUGAGGUUGAGGGGAAUUACGUCACUUCCACUCGUGCUGAAAGGUAUUCUCACAGCUGAAGAUGCAAGAGAAGCUGUGAAGCAUGGUGCCGCUGGUAUCCUGGUGUCUAACCACGGUGGCCGGCAGCUAGACGGGGUACCAGCUACCAUCGACGUUUUGGCUGAGAUAGUUGACGCCGUUCGUGGCUCCAAUGUUGAGGUGUAUCUUGACAGCGGAGUACGUAAAGGCACCGAUGUCCUCAAGGCCCUUGCUCUGGGAGCACGAGCCGUCUUCGUCGGCCGACCGGCAAUCUGGGGUCUCGCUUACGACGGGGAGAAAGGAGUUGAAAAAGUCCUUGGGAUUCUCAAAGAAGAAUUUAGCCGGGCUAUGGCACUAUGUGGUUGUUCUUCGCUAUCGGAUAUUAAACCAGACUUGAUUGCAAGGAUGCCUUACAACAAUUCAGAUGUGGAACUAUAGAAACCGCAUGGGACUCUCAUCCAUUCGAAUCGGAAAAACGUAGACCUAGCUGUGCUAAGCGUAAAGAAAGAAGCUUGCAGACUCCAUGACCGUACACUCUAAAAAGUCCCGGGUCAGACUUGACCCGGAAAAGAGUCAUGUGGGGCCUGACCCUUUUCUG